GUGCGACAAAAAGAGGUGAAAGGUAGCCUUCCUUCCAACCACUACAGAACAGUAGCUCUAACCUCUGCCUUUUCAAUUAUUAUUAGGAUAUUGUGAAGGGGAAACGGGGUCAGUCCCUUUGUUGUAAACAAUGAGUUUAAAUAGGCUUUUCGUUUUGUCCAACUCGUUUAAAGUUGGAAGAAGGUUAAUGCGACCUGGAAUCGGACAAACAGGCAAAGGAGUCGUCCUGUCACAUCUUCAGUUGCAGCGCUCUAUCAAAACUAACUCAAGGAACCUUGCCUAUGCCAAAGAUUUAUUUCUUGGUAAAGUAAAUAAGUCAGAAGUUUUCCCUUACCCGGAAAUUGGAAACGAAGAAUUAGAAGAAAUCAAUCAAUUAGUUGCCCCUGUGGAGAAGUUCUUCAACGAGGAUGUCGAUUCGAAGAUAAUAGAUCAUGAGGCCAAGAUUCCACCUGAAACUUUGAAUGGCUUGAAGGAGUUGGGUCUCUUUGGGAUUCAGAUCCCUGAGGAGUAUGGUGGACUGGGGUUGUCCAACACUAUGUAUGCCCGUCUGGGGGAGAUCAUAUCUCUAGAUGGGGCCAUCGCUGUCACUCUUGCAGCUCAUCAAGCUAUUGGUUUGAAGGGGAUUCUCAUUGCAGGUAGUGAGGAGCAAAAAGCCAAAUACCUUCCCAAACUAGCAACUGGGGAGCAUGUUGCUGCAUUCUGCCUUACAGAGCCUGGAAGUGGGAGUGACGCCGCCUCCAUACAGACCAAAGCAACGCUGACAGAGGAUGGGAAACACUACCUGUUAAAUGGGUCAAAGAUAUGGAUAUCGAAUGGUGGCUUUGCUGACAUCAUGACCGUGUUUGCCCGGACUGAGGUGGUGGACAAAGACGGGCAGACGAAGGACAAGAUCUCGGCGUUCAUCGUGGAGCGGGCAUUCGGUGGCGUCACCAGUGGCAAGCCAGAGGACAAGCUUGGCAUUCGGGGCUCCAACACUUGCGAGGUGACUUUUGAGGACACCAAGGUGCCGGUGGAGAAUGUUAUUGGAGAAGUCGGCGGUGGAUUUAAGGUGGCCAUGAACAUCCUGAAUAGCGGCCGCUUCAGCAUGGGUAGUGCCGGUGCUGGAAUGAUCAAGAAGCUGAUUGAGUUGACCGCAGAGUAUGCAGCCACCAGAAAGCAGUUUAACAGGAAAUUGAGUGAUUUUGGAAUGAUUCAGGAAAAGUUUGCCGUCAUGGCUAUGAAUGCCUUUGUGAUGGAGAGUAUGGCCUACCUCACAGCUGGCAUGAUGGAUAGGCCAGGGCUUCCGGACUGUUCUCUGGAGGCAGCCAUGGUGAAGGUGUUCAGCUCUGAGGGCGGCUGGAUAUGUUGUAGUGAGGCGCUGCAGGUCCUGGGAGGCCUGGGCUACACCAAGAACUACCCGUACGAGCGCUACCUCAGGGACUGCCGCAUCCUGCUCAUCUUUGAGGGCACCAAUGAGAUCCUGAGGAUGUACAUUGCGCUCACAGGCAUGCAGAAUGCUGGCAAAAUACUGACGAACAAAAUCAAGGAGAUGAAGAAAGGUAACGUGGGAGUUGUCUUUGACAUCCUGGGGAGUAAGCUGAGGCAGACCAUAGGCAGACCUCAGGAUCUGGGCCUGACGGGGAACGACGGCGUGGUCCAUCCCAGCCUGGCGGACAGUGCAAAGAAGUUUGAAGAGAAUGUGGUGUUCUUUGGCAGCACUGUGGAGGGCCUGUUGUACAGAUUUGGAAAGACGAUCGUGGACGAGCAGCUGAUCCUGAAGCGUGUGGCCGACGUGCUCAUUAACCUGUACGCCAUGACCGCCGUGCUGUCCAGAGCCACCCGCUCCAUCAACAUCGGUCUCAAGAACCACGAUCACGAGGUGCUCCUUGCAAACACAUUCUGCGGUGAUGCCUAUUUCAAAAACAACUUCUUGAUGACUCAGCUGCAAAAAAAUUCACCAGAGAACAACGACGCAAACAUCAAGAAGAUUGCCCAGCAGGUCCUAGAGAAGAGGGCAUAUAUCUGCUCUCACCCGCUGGAAAGAACUUACUGAAACGGCCUACUGAGAAGCCAUGGCUUGAUCUGCAUUAAUUGGACUCAUUCCUGGUCUCGUCCUCUCGAUCCAUCCAUUCUCUUGGCCUGUCAGACCAGUUUUUGAAAUAUUUUCUGAAAUCAUGCCUAGUUCCGAUGUUAAUUUAACUGUGUGUACAUACUAUAUAAAAUACAAAAUAGCUGCUUUAUUAAAAGAACUGUUAUCUGUUAUUUUGGAAUGUUUUUAAUAAGCUUUUACUACUACCACUACUAUAUCAUAAAACUUGUUUGUGUCAAAAGUCUGCGAGGGCUUUUGCUACUAUAGAAAUUAUAUAUUUUUUUAAAUUUGAAGUUGUCUAACUGAAAUGCCUCGUGUCUAACCCACCGAAGUGCCACCCUAUCAUCGUGCUGUGGAAAGGAAGCCAGUGUUGAGCCUGUGGGCGACUGAAGCCCUUUGGUAUUUAUUGUUAAUGCAGAUGGAGGACUACUGCUCUGUGGGUGCGCGUCUCGUAGACGUUCCCGGCCGGCCGUACUCGGCGUGCCGUGGGUCGCGGCGGCGCGGCGGCCUCACUGCGCCUCCGGAAGCGAUACACCUCCAGCUCCUCCUCGGUCAGUGGCUGCACUUCUCUCUUGUACUGGAACGAAUGUGGUCUCCAGUAGCCCCUGCUCCGAGGGCAAAAAAAGAAGAAGAAAGAAGAUAAACCCAAAGCGCACACCAUUUUCUUAUGCGAUCCCUUGCACAGUCAGCGUGGUCUGAGUGGGUUUAGAUGCUGUUUUGUGAUCUCGCUCCACUCAUUCAGUAGGACUGAAUUUUCAAAUAGCACUCUUAUUUUGCCCCUUCUGCAGUAAUAUGGUAUCAGUACAGCACAGUAUAUAAAGAUGUGUUAGUUGUCCAUGCAGUGCAGGCUCACCUGAAAGGGUUGUUCUUGUUGUACGGAGCAGAGGGAUCCCGGCUUUGGUUCUGCUCCCCAUCAGACUCUAGACCAUCAGGAACGCAUGCUACUCUUCUCUGCCUCUCUUUGCUGGCUACCUCUGGGGCAGUAACUGCUGGAGCAGUCUGUACACACACACACGCACACACACACACACUCAAUGUCACCGUAAACCAGACAUCUUGAUUUCCGUUUAUGAUUUUUAUGACACCCACAAUUCUGUUUUGAAUUUAACAGUGUUGUGUAUCACCAUUCAGUAUUGUUGCAUAGGAUAUAAACACUUUUCUCUAACGA